AUGGCGUCAAACAUGAACUCGAUGCGUGGGCUCGUGCAGUACAUUGCUGACCUCCGAGCCUGUCGAGUGCGGGAGCUCGAGGAGAAGCGAAUCAACCGCGAGAUGGCGCACAUCAGACAGAAGUUCAAAGAGAGCCAGCUGGACGGAUACCAGAGACGAAAGUACCUGGCAAAGAUCAUCUUCACCUAUAUCUUGGGCUACAACGUCGACAUUGGACACAUGGAGGCCGUCAAUCUCAUCGCAAGCCAAAAGUACACCGAGAAGCAAAUCGGCUACCUUGCCAUCACGCUGCUCAUGCAUGAAAACUCGGAGCUGGUGCGUCUUGUCAUCAACUCGAUCCGCAAGGACCUCGACGAAUACAAUGAGAUCAACAACUGCCUGGCCCUGCAUGCGAUCGCCAACAUCGGCGGCAAGGAGAUGGCCGAGGCGCUCGGAGGCGACGUCCACCGCCUCCUCAUCUCCCCGACGUCGAAGAGCUUCGUUAAGAAAAAGGCAGCCUUGACACUGCUUCGAUUGUACAGGAAGCACCCAGAGGUGAUUCCUGCCGAGGAGUGGGCUGUCCGCAUCGUGUCCAUCAUGGACGACGAGAACCUGGGAGUCGCGCUGGCAGCCACGAGCCUCGUCAUGACCAUGGCCCAAGACCAUCCCGCAGCCUUUGAGAUAUCGUACCAGAAAGCAGUCGAUCGGAUGGCAAAGGUCGUACUUGAGGACGACUACAGCACCGAGUACGUCUACUACAAGGUCCCAGUGCCCUGGCUGCAGAUCAAGUGCCUCCGCCUGCUGCAGUACUACCCACCCUCGGACGACCCGACCGUGCGCAAGACGAUUCACAAUGUUCUGGAAGCCAUCCUGGACAACUCACAGGACACACCCAAAAACGUCCAGCACAACAAUGCUCAGAAUGCAGUCCUGUUCGAGGCGAUCAACCUGGCUAUCCAUCUCGACACAGAGUCUGGCGUCGUGGCAAAGGCGGCCGUUCUGCUGGGCCGCUUCAUCCUAUCGCGUGAGACCAAUGUCAGGUACCUCGGCCUCGAUACGAUGGCGCAUCUUGCUGCGUGCGCCGAGAGCCUGGAACCUAUCAAGAUGCACCAGGACACCAUCAUCCUUUCGUUGCGGGAUAAGGACAUCAGCGUUCGGCGGAGAGGUCUCGAUUUGCUGUACAGCAUGUGCGAUGUCACCAACGCCAAGGCCAUCGUCACAGAGCUCCUGCGGUACCUGCAGAUCGCCGACUAUGCGCUGCGGGAAGAGAUGGUCCUCAAGAUUGCCAUCCUGACUGAGAAGUUUGCGACAGAGUACUCGUGGUACGUCGACACAAUUCUCCAGCUCAUAAGCUCAGCUGGCGACCAUGUGGGCGAGGAGGUCUGGUUCCGAGUUGUGCAGAUCGUGACGAACAACGAAGAUGUGCAGGAAUACGCAGCCGGCAAGGUCUUUGAGCACCUGAAGUCGGCAUCGUGCCACGAAAAUCUUAUCAAGGUCGGGGGCUACAUCCUGGGUGAAUUCGGCCACCUCAUCGCCAACAAUCCCGGUGCCAGCCCCAUCGAGCAAUUUCACGCCCUUCACUCCCGCUCGCACCUCUGCUCGCAGCCGACGAGGGCGCUCCUCUUGUCGACUUACGUCAAAUGGCUCAAUUUGUUCCCAGAGAUCAGGACGCAGAUUCUCUUUGUACUCAACCGAUAUCGACAUGUGUUGGACGCCGAGCUGCAGCAGAGAGCGUGCGAGUACGUUGCGCUCGCGUCGUUGCCUGACGAUGACCUGCUGCAAGCUGUUUGCGACGAGAUGCCGCCUUUCCAGGAGAAAUCUUCUCUGCUCCUCAGUCGACUCCAGCGAAAACAUGGAGACACUGAGGACAAGCGAACGUGGAUCAUUGGCGGCAAGGAGGUGAACCGAGACCGCGAGCAGGCGAGGCAACAAAGUCUCCAAAAGGGGGCCAUUAAUGGCGGUGCGAUGCCCACGGGUCCGGCAACCACAGUCAUCCCGUCACAUCAACGGCCGGACGUUGUCAGUGCCGGUGCAUACGAGCAAGGCCAGACGAAUGGAGCACAGGACGACAUCUUGGCUGGCCUGGAGGGUUUGGACAUGAACGCUGGCUCGACGGCUCUUAUUCCUUCUGCCGAGGCAACGGAUGCGGGCAUCGGCGCAUCACAGCCUCUCAUCAAUACGGACGUCAAUGGUGGCGACAGCGAGACGAGCUCGCCCCCGAGUACAAAUGGCUCGACUGUGACAGCAGCACCGCAAUUUACGCCAGGUUACACGAGACAGCUUCACCGACUGUGCUUCACCAACGAAGGGGUCCUGUAUGAGGACAGUCAGCUUCAGAUCGGCGUCAAGUCAGAAUAUCACGGUAAUCUCGGGCGGAUAGCCUUGUACUUUGGCAACAAGAUCUCCGUUGGCUUCUCAUCGUUCACUGUCCAGAUCAAGUCUCAAGAACCCGAUAAACUCGGCGUUGUGCUCCCGAAGAUGCCUGCCAAUACGCUGGGCGCUAUGACACAAGUCCAGCAAAUCGUCGAAGUCGAGUGCAAAGACGUCUUCACCAAGCUCCCCGUCCUCAAGGUCUCCUACCUGGCCGGAUCGAUGCAGGAGCUGACACUGCGCCUGCCCGUCAUUCUCUCUAAAUUCAUCGAGCCGGUUCAGCUCGGUCAGACGGACUUUUUCGAACGGUGGAAGCAGAUUGGCGGGGCGCCGAGGGAGGCCCAAAAGGUCUUUGGCAUCAAGCUCCAGAGCAACGGCCAGGUCGACACGGCCAGGCAGCGCAAGGUCAUCUCCGGUUCCAGGCUGCAGAUCCUGGAUGGUAUCGACCCGAACGCAGUGAACAUUGUCGCUGCGGGUGUGCUGCACAUGUCCGAUGGUGGGAAGGUGGGGUGCCUACUAAGAAAUGAGCCAAAUGCGCCCGCGAAGCUCUGUCGGCUAACGAUUCGGACGACCAACGAUGUCGUCUCAUCGGAACUGCUCAGACUCAUGACCACUGUCAUGAGCUCGGAAUCACAGGAGGUCUAG